UUUCAGAUAUUUUAUUAUGUCCGGGCACCAGAAUAGGAGUACAGGGACUAGACCUAAAACUCAAAGGAGUCAAAACCAAGGAGGAGAUAGAGCGGAACGGGAGGAAGAGAAUGGAAAUUUACGAGAUAUUUCAACACUAUUCAGGGAUUAUGAGAGAAGGAAGAACAGUUUAUCUGUUCUCCAAAACCAACUGCAACAGCAGGACGCAACAUCAACAAAUUCUGGUGGAUUACAACGAAUCCGUCCCCCGGAUUUUUCCUUAAUGCAACCGUCCGAAACACAAGGAAAUGUUUAUAAACAGAACGGAGUAAAGAACCUUGGACACAGGAAUAGAACCAGGGGAGGAAGGAAUAGAGGUUCUGAUUCUCUCAGUCAAGAUAAUAUAUCAAUACAGGAAGAAUUGGAACAAAGACAUGGCGUUGAGUUGGGAACGAUUAACUCGGAGCAACGGAGCCACAAUAAAGGGAAGGAAGAACUUGAGUAUCUCCGGAGCAGGGUUCGUGAGCUCCAGGAUCUAGUCCUGAGAUAUGAUGAAGCUGAACCUAAAAACUCCAAUACAUCAGAUAUUUCUCCAGCAAGGAGCUCACGUGAUCAUUCUCUCCGAGAGACCUCCUCCCGUGGGUCAGAUCUAGCUCCGGGUCAGGAUGUACACCAGCAUGGGUUUGAGAGACUAGAGAACUUGGAUUCUGAGCAGCAUGAGUCUGAACCUGAUCUAGUAGAGAGAAACCUUGCACUACUCACCGCUCAAUAUGAGAAAUCCCAGGGCGAGGAAAUGUCGUCCUACCCCCCUGCCAUGAGCAUUCUUAACCACUGGAAAGGACAAGAUCCAGUACGCUCGUCCUUUCAGCGGACCUCUUCCAACCACAGCAGGACGAACAUCUUGUCCAGAAGGGACGAGAACGAAGGACGACGGAAUGAGGAUGUUCUCGAGAAAGAACUCCGAGAUCGGAGGGAUCAGCUGGAGGAAUUGAUCAAGAAGACCGCAAACAGUGGAAAUGUGAACGAGACAAACCGAACCCUGAACAAGAACGAUUUUCCUCGGAACUCCAGAGAUUCCAGCACAGGGUUAAGGAGUAAAGAAGUAAACACUCGACCCUUCUCAGUUCAUAUUCCUACUCACCAUCCUCAUCCUCCUCAUCCACCUCUUGCUUCUCAUCCUCCUCAUCCUCCAGUUAGAAACUCAAGUUCUAGGGAUCCUAGAAGGCUGAAUAAUUCUCAGAGAAUUCCAGAUCUUGGUUAUAUUUCUAUUCUCCAGGAUGAGGUUCGUAAACUUACGGAUGAGUUGGAUCGAUUAUCUCUUGCUUCAACUCAACAUAGUAAUCAGACUAACUCAGCAACCACUCAAUAUAGAGAUAAUAACUCAGGUGACGGUAGUGUACUGGGUAUACCAUUGGAACUCCAGGUUCAUCAGCUUACCCUCUCCCUCAACCAGGUUUAUCAGGUUCUCUGGUCUCUACAGAGAGAGGUUGGAACACUAGCUCAAACAGUUGGAACCCUUCAAGCUAGAGCAGGGAACGUGAAUUGGAGGAACUCAGAUCUUACUCCUUCUGAUGUUUGGAACACAGGAUAUGCUUUUAGGACUGAAAACAGUGGUUGGAUAGGAAACCAUAUUGGAGAAAGGUUCUCGGGAACCUGGAACGGUGAAGGCCCGUCCUGGAGCCAGGACGGAAACAUGGAACAGUUUUCUCCGUUUCCGUCCAGGGAGUUGUGGAACAGUUUACAAAACUCACCGGGGUUCAAUAAUAUUGGACCUCUACAUGAGCCAAGGAAUUUAAAUCUUUUGCGUGACCGAAAUCAGUCGAAUUUAUCAGAUCCAGACUCCGGCGUUUCUUCAAACGCUUUGAACAACCAAGUUAGUCCUGGAAUACGCGCAAAUAAUUAUUACGACAACUUCCGGUCAUUCUCGCGACAAAACCGGUUUAGUGCACCGCCAUUGGCGUCCACUAGUCGGCCAGUUCGAGCGGCAGAAUCGCUGCCAGCCAACAACACAACAGCUGGGUAUAACAGGACCAGGAAGAAGUAUAAGAUCAAUCGGGAGCAGAACAGGGAUCAGAACUCCACGCGGAAGCGUCAGCAAAGUAACCAGGAUAACGCAGUAGGAGCAGCAUUCAUCAGGAAUGAAGGAGUGAAUGUAUACAACCCUCCUGAAGAUGAAGUAAACAUUGAACAAGAGCAUUCAAGUAUAGACAAUAUUGCUAAAAAUAUAUAUACACAGAUUCACUCCAUUAUCUCCCGGAAUGAUACUGCUCCUGAAUUCCUGGCGAAUCUACUGGACGAACUUACUCUCAUCUCUUCUCAGGAGAACCUUAAUUUAUCACCACUUAGGAAUGAGUCUCGAGUUAGUGUGCAGAGAAGAGAAUAUAGAUCUGGAAACCUGAACCUGGAUAUUAGAGAAACAUCUUCAGAGAGUAGUGAAGAUGGAACUGAAAGACCUUUGCCUAGGCAAAGUCGGAGCAAGGUUGCUGCUAAAAGAUUAUCUUCACAUGCUCCGCUCCAGGCUGUAGAAAUUGAUUCUAGUGAUACUGGUCUCAACAAUAUCUCUUCUAUACAAAACCAGAUUCUAACCAACCAACCAAACCACCAAUCCCCGGCUUAUCCAAACCGUAUAACUUCUCCCAAUCCAAACCAUUUAUCUCCAACCCAAACUAGCGAACAAUCUCCCUCCCAUCAGAAUUUACCAACUUCAUCGACAUUUUCUAACGCGGAAUUCCCUUCCAGAAGGAGUAGUCAUAACAGACCCAACGAGAACAAUUUAUUCUCACCCCUGACAAACCAAUCUUCUCCAAACUAUACUGACGCUGCCUCUGCCCUGAACCCGGGAGCUUCUUCUCUGAACCCUGGAGGUGCUCCUGAUAGGUCCAGUUUUCUACCCCCCUUGCUCCCACUCCCAUACUUUGGGUCCCAUCAGUCUAGUUGGAGUAGUAACAACUCCCAGCAGAACUACGCUGUACCGAAGAACCAGCAGAAGAAUCUCAUGUCAAAGGAACGGGAUUCAAGACGGAUUCAAGGCGCCCAGGAAAGAGGACUGCCCCGGAAUAUGCAGAGUUCUGAGGUUCCCCCGGAUCAGGACGGAUUCAUUAAUAUCCAACUCCAGCUUCCUAUGUCUUAUAGCAGAGAAUCAAACCAGGCCGACAUUGGGGAAGAAAGUGAUCCUCCCACCGGAGGAGCCGGGCAGGCGAGUAUAUCCGACCUUACGGAGGCAGAGCUGGCGGAGGCGGAUCAGGACAGAUCUCAAGGCGAGGAUAUAUCUCAACCUUCUAUGGAGAUACCUCAUCAUUCUCUAGAGGUGUCACAUCAUUUCAGAGAACAGAAUCAUCCAGUACAUUCAGAACAAUCCCAAUCCAUUAGAGAUCAUUCCCAACCUUCGAGAGAGCAAUCUCAACCUUCAAGAGAGCAAUCUCAACCUUCGAGAGAGCAAUCUCAACCUUCGAGAGAGCAAUCUCAACCUUCGAGAGAAGCUAACCAACAGUCUCGAAACCAAAACCAAGCUUCAAGAGACUCAUCAUUUCCAACAAGGGAUGGUGAGGUUGGUGGGAUACGAAUUCCAUGUCAGAUUGGACUAGACAGAGUUCCAAUCAGAUUACCAUCUUCUCAUGAUUUGGAGGCUAGACGACAGCUAGAGGAUGAGGCUGUUGCCUCUUUAGUUGAGGAGGUUCUUGCCUCAUCACCGGAACUAGCCAAUUCGGUGGCUGCUGAUUAUCUGCCGGAUCUGUCUUGAGAUAAUUUCUCGUCGGCAGCUGAUUUUUCGCCGGAUCUGUCUUGAGGCAUUUACUGAACGGCAUCUGAUUAUCCGCCGGAUUUUCCUUGACGCAUUUACUAGCCCAUUCGGCGGCAGCUGAUUAUCUUCUGGAUCUGCCUCAAGGCAGUCGUUAGCCAAUUCGGAGGCAGCUUAUUAUAUGCCUUGGGGCAUUUACUAGAGCCAAUUCGGCGGCGGCUGAUUAUCCGCUGGAUCUGCUUUGGAGCAUUUACUAGCCAAUUCGGCGGCAGCUGAUAAUCGGCUGGAUCUGCCUUGAGGCAAUUACCGCGCCUCUUGCUUGCUCGAUUAUUAAUUAGUUUAAGGACGACAUUUCAGAGACUACUUAAACAGUUUCUAUAGUCUUAUCGCUUAUUUUGAAGGUUUCAUGUACUAGUGCUUUUAAAAAAUACUUUCUAAUCGUUAUAAUUAAUAUAAUUAAUCAGUUUAAUUUCGGCAUUAAAAUCACAUACAUUGUGUCAGCCCUGUAAUAAUACUCCGCCUGGUUACCCAGAUCUGUAAAAUCUGUACUUUCUAAAGAUACCGUUCAACAAUUAUUUCCAAAAAAAAUAUUGGAUUUAUUUUGAAGAAGAAAUUAAAUAUGUAAUUCUUAUAUAAUUGAUUUCCUCACUACAAUAAAUCAUUAAAAUUGUUAUAAA